CCAAAAAAUGGCAACUAUCAACUAAUUCAUUACGACCAGGCGCCAGAAAAAAGAGAGAUGACUAUAAUUAUGCCGGAGAUAGCCGGCCUCGUUGAUUGAAAGGCCUCGUUGAUCCUUCGUCCGAGAAACACCAACAAUGUCCCACAUUAUCCGCGCCAUCUUUGAAUCGCUAUACCAGAGCUCCGACGGCGAAACUGCUAGAAAUAUCGAAGCCGGGCCGUCGGUCACAGAUGUGCCUCAUAACGUGCAGGGUGCCACUUCCAAUAAGCGCGCUCCACUGGAAGCGAGCCUAACGCCUGAAUUGAGCGAAAUCAAAGACGACUUUAACGAAGAGUACUACAUCCUACCGGCAAAUGAUGGUCAUACGGCCCUCCUAUUUCCGUCAACUUUCCUAUCAGAGCAAGCGGACGGUACUGUCAUUUUCGGAGAAACACGAGUUGAUGAUGACGAUCCACGGGAAAGACUUGACGCAGUCGUCCAAAUUUACGACAUUCUUUCGGGACAUGACACCUUCCACCCGCGCAUUGUCAAGUACUUAGGCACAACGAACUCCGGUUACCGCCUCGAGCGCCUGAGCCACAGCUCAAUAGGACUCGAUCUACAGUGCCCAUAUUCUCAUCACAACGACGUUGUUCUGGCUCUCUACCAGCGCUGGGCACUACAAAUGCUGUCUGCUCUGGACCAUCUGCAUCAGAAGAACAUCUUCCUCAACAAUGUGGGCAACAAUCUCUGGCUUCGCGUAGACUACUCCAUUGCUAUUGCGAAUAUGACAUCCGCCGGCUGUACCGAACCUCUGAUACCGGGUCGUAAAUCACCACCUAUGGUUUUAGAAUCGUCGUGGGCAGCAGACGCUGAUGAUCCUGGCAGCGUGAAGAACGAUCUUUUCGACUGGGCUAGUUGGAUGUUCGCUCUCAUGACUGGCAACAAAGACCCAUUGCUAAUGCACAUGGGUAUAGAGGGUCAUGUCACAAGUGGGACGGAAGAUUUCGAUAAACACAUUUCUUUCUGUCAUGAUGUGUCACUCGGCAACUUUGACGCCUGGCCACAAAUAGACGAGAAAUUACUCGGCUCGGUCAUUCUCAAAGCAUGGAGAGGCGAGUAUGAAUCUGCUGGCCAAGCUAUGCAAGAGGCGAAGGAUGCCAUUCGAGCUUGUGGGCAUGAGCUGUCCAAGGAACAUGGAGACGAAAUUGUCACAUACGAUUGGCAGCAAGAAUUCGAAGUUACGACAAUCGACAGAUGGGGGCCAAAGUUACGCCUGCGUCAGGCCGAUUCGAACCAAAGAUGAUGGCAGGAAUGGCCAUAUGGUAUCCAAUCGAGACCAGAAGCUGCGCACUUAUAAUCUUCGGUGUCGACUUCUUCUAGGCCUCACAUCACACAGCGCCCUCAGAUGUUCUCAUCAUAUCUGUCACCACGUUGGGAGGCAAUGCGCCGGAAACGAAGCGGAAUCACAACCUAAGGGAACAUA